AUGAAAACCUCUGCAAACGAAACGUCUAGUUACUCUAGUAUCAAGAAAUCCACUGGUGCUACAAUAUGUAAUUUUUUCAACCGUGCAAGUGGUUGCAGAUUUGGCGAGAAAUGCCGCUACACGCAUGAACUGGAAAGUGCACAACAGUGCCAAAAUGAUGAUGUUGAAAUUCAACCAGUUUCUGGAGAAAAAUUUCCAGGAAAUUCAGAAAUUUCUGAUAAUUUUGGAACACAUCCCGAGGAACUAGUUGGUUCAGAGAAGUUUAAAGGUGCACUGGCUGCGUCACAUGAUCACAAGCAAGAUGGUGCAAUACCAAAAAAGAAGCGACAAAUGAGGCAACCUGUUUGUCGAUAUUUUAAAAAAAGUGGUUUUUGCAGGGAUGGUGACAAAUGUAGAUUUUUACACCAGACCAAUGUGACAAAGUCUAAAAGUUUAAUCAACACUCAUGUGGAAUCACCAGAGCAAAUACUACCUGUCGAGAGUCAGAUAAAACCAAACACUCUUGUCCAUGAAAAGCUCAAUAUUUCUGGACAGCAAUCACAUGUGACAAGGCCAAUCAAAAGACCAGAAAAUUUAAGUGAAAAAUUAUCAGAAUUAACAGAUGAAGGUGCUAAGUAUUUACAAGCUAUUGAGAUUGAGCAAUUGAAGAAAAGAUUUGGAAACAGUGAUUUAAAUAUCACCCAAGAGGAUCAUGGGACAGUGUGCAUGCUCACAAUAAAACCUACAGACCCAGACUGGGUGAGUUAAAGGAGUCUUGUAGUAUUUAAUCUAAAACCUCUAUUUAGCCCCCUCUUAAAGACACCCACACCCUCUCUCUAAUUAUCUAGCCCCUCUCUCUCCAAUAAUCCCCACUCUCUAAUAACCCUCCCACUCUCUAAUAAGCCCCACCCUCUCUCUAAUAAGCCCCACCCUCUCUCUAAUAAACCCCACCCUCUCUCUCUCUAAUAAGCCCCACCCUCUCUCUAAUAAACCCCACCCUCUCUCUUAUAGGCCACCUCUUUCUCUCUAAUAUCCCCACUCUCUAAUAACCCCUCCCACUCUCUAAUAAGGCCCCCCUCUCUAAUGAGCCCAUCCCCCUUGACACCAAGAGACUACACGCAUCCUUGUUAAAUUCUUUGUCUGUGUUCCCCCUCCUCUCAAGCACACCUAAAAUAAAUAAGCUCUGGGAUUGCUUAAUGAUAAUAAUUAGCAAAUUAAUUAAUAAAGGGUUUUAACAGAAUUUACUACUGUUGAAAUUAUCGCUUUUUUUAGCCUUAUGAUAUAAAUGAAGUUCAACUGAAUGUCACUUUCCCAAACAACUAUCCAAAAGAGGUGAUGAAACAAACUUGAAUGACAUAUUCUGUGUUGUGUUUUGUAGUUGGUAAUAAUUAGUUUCACAUUUUGCUAACAGAUUUUCAAAUCAGAAGUAAUUGAUGAUGAUGGACAAUUUCCAGCAAAUUUUACAAAGUAUGUCAUCAAAUUUUUAAUAAUUAAGAUAAUUAGAAUGAAUAUUUAUAGAGGCAGUCAAGUCCAUUCAGUGAAUGUGCAGUUUGUUUACAUUUUGAAAACACUGUAUAUUCAUAAAAUAUAAUGCACUUAGUUAAUAUAUCUAACAUAGUUCUGGUUUGCUAUGCUUUUAAAUGUAGGUUAGAGAACAGACUUGACCUCAUCUUUAAUUCAAUUGCCUAUAAUUCUGAUAAUCUGAUAUAAAUGCAUAAUUGUGUAGGUACGUGAACAGUGACAUUGAAAAACAUUUAAAAGAACAUGCAGAGGCACAGAAACUCAGAGAUUCACCAGAUCUCCUCUUUCGGCCAUUUCUCAGAUGGCUUGAUCGAAACUUGGAGAAUCUUUUCACAAAAGCUUUGAAACAGGUAAAUCUGUCAAUAUCCUGUUUAAGCCCUCAUUCCAGCAAAUCUCCCUUGAUAAUUAAUAAACCCUUUUUUCAACAAACCUCCUGUCUCGAACAAACCCUGUUAUGCUCCAAACCUCCCAAAUAUGAAGGGACCUACUUCUCCAAAAUCCCCCACCUCUUUCUGAUAAACCCUCUCUCCAAUAAACCCAUUUUGUAAGAGGAAGAUAUUUAUUGAACCCCUUAUUUUAUUAAGCCCCCCCCCCCCAAAAAAAAAAAAAAUCCAAAAGACCAAGACAUUCGUUACAUUCAUAUUUCAGAUUAAGUUUGAUGUAGAAGCCCGGUCUGCUGGACUAGAGUUUAUCGCAUUUGACAAUAAUGAUAGUAGCAACAAAAUUGAUGAUGGAAGUAAGGAAUCAGAAACCCAAAUACAUGGCACUUCCAAUCUAGAAGACAAAGAGGAUGUAAAACUAGGAGAGGAGAAAGUUAGUGCUGAGUUAAGCGUGAUACAAAUUGGCGAUGAUGGUAAUGAUGGUAAUGGUGAUGAUGAUGGUGACGAUCGUGGUGGUGAUGGUGAAGAUGGUGACAACGAAAGGAAAGUACCUGGGAAGGAAGAUGCAAGUGCAAUGUUUGACAUGAUCGAAGCUAGAAAAUCUGGAAAUUCUAAAAAAGGAACAGAGAUAAGGUUUCGAGGGAUGGAGCUUCAUGAGAACACAGCCACUGUCAGAGUAACAUCACUGACUUUCACUAUUCAAUGUGGCCGCUGCAAGAAUAGAGAGGAAAUGCCAAAUGUUAAAGAGAAGUACAUGCACUUCACAGUACAUUUAUACCACUGUUGUUUCAUCUAAGCCCACUUUCACACCAGAUGAGUUAUUCAAGUUUGUACUAUUUUGCCUUUACAUGGGACUCAUGAAAUCUGACGUUUCAAGACCGGUUUCCAGUACGUCCGCUUUACCCACACGGGCAAAGCGGACAUUAUUGAGCAUGCGCCAUAAAUUUAUGGCGUGACCAUAACUUUACAGAAGACUUUACGGUGCAUGGAAACUGUGCUUACAGCACAGCAUUUCCGCAUGAACGUAUGGAACCUUGCGUACAGUUCCAAAUUCAGUCUUGUGUGAAACUAAAAUACUAGGAUAAAAAGUGUCAGAUAAAUGUUAAUCCUAAUUCCUAGAAAAAUAUUGAAUCCAAAUUUCACUUUCAGUACACAAGUGGUAUUGGCAUGCUCCAAAUGUUCAAAUGCUGCAAGCAUUGCGUUCACAAGUUCAGAAAUUGUACAUCAACAUUCUACAACAUUGGCAUACAUUAAUCCUCAAGGGUAAGGAUGUUCUUGUUGAUAGGGAUAACAGUAUCCAUCUUUCUUGGGAGAACCUCGUGAAUGCAAGGAUCCACGCCUUUAGAUCGUUCACGAUACUGUAGAGUAGCGUCAAAACGAAGAAUCGUAAUUGGUUCGGAGAUUGUAUUCAUUUACUAACCAGAGCAGCGAACACGUCUGAAAUAUAUAGCGAGCUGAAGUAUUUCUUCUUUUCUAGUUGUCUACCAAUCGACCUCAUCCUUUCCGAGAGCCAGUUGGUACUUGGUUGUCUCAAUUGCAGUAAAGAGACAUCAAUUAAGGUUAUACAAAUUUCUGUCCCUUAUUUUCACUUAUCUAGGCUCAAUUCUCAAACUAAACCUUCAAAUCUAUAUUACAGGGUAUUAAUUACGGCUCAACAAAAAAUGUGUGGUGUCAUCAUUGUCAUAAUAAAUUGGACAUGAAAGUUGAAGCAGCUAGAUUCCAUCAGCUACAGCCUGCUAAAGAAUCUGGUAAAUACUGGUUUUUACAAUGAUGACGAUCAGGGCUGAAUGAGUCCCUUUGGCAUUUGCAAAAAUGCUAUUGAAAACAAUGAGUGACAUGAGAACAGUAGGAUUUUUAAAACUAUGAAAAGACAAUGAAACAUUUUGAUCACUGAAUCGGUAACUGGAUGACAUGGAGAAGAGUGAGAUUUUUAAAACAAUGAAACAUUUCUGAGUCAAUAAUUGGUCGUGGGUGGCAAUAUAACGCUACAUCUCAUGGAAACAGCCAUCGACAAUAGUCAUGCCUAACCUUUAAAUUUAUUUUUCAGAAAGUAAAAUCAAAACAAUUGAACUUAAGAAAGUUAAGACGAAGGACAAGGAGCCUGCAAUCAAGUCAGGUCAAGCACUCCCUGACAACGGCACAUGUAAACAUUACAAGAAAAGCUAUAGAUGGAUGAGAUUUCCAUGCUGUGGUAAAUGUUAUCCCUGCGAUAAAUGUCAUGAAGAAGCUGGAGACGGACAUGAAAUGGAACAAGCCACGAGGAUGAUCUGUGGCUUUUGUUCCAAGGAACAGGUACAGGUUUAAUUGCAUGGUCAUUUAUUCUGCAAGGUAGAAGAGAGCGCAGGAGAGGCUCUACUUACACGAGUUCUGUACAACAUCAGAUCAUUUUUUGAUGUACUACCUCUGCAUGAUCAAACCAUUGAGAGAGAAAACAUAGGAAGAACUUAACUCGACAACAAAUCACUUAUGGUUUGCCUACAACUUCUCACUCUUGGUAUCUUUUUUCAGGCAUUUAGUCAGAAAGGCUGUGUAUCGUGCAAGGCGUCAAUGACAGCAGUACGGACAAGUCAUUGGGAAGGUGGCAAAGGAUGUAGGAAUAAAAUCAAGAUGAACAGGUAGUCAUCCCUUAUUUUCGUGUUUUAAUAAAAACUCACAAAACUAGACCGCGCUUCGAGAUUGCAAUCCUCCACCAGCAGGCGGAAAGUCAAACUUUGAUUAUCUUUUUGACCAUAUUGUACAUUUCUUGUUAUCAAGUCCCGUUUAUAAGUGUGAUACUUUGUGAUCAUGAUUUUGAUAUUUCUAUCUUGUAGAGGAGAUGAUAAGAAAUAUUCGGACAAGAACAAGACAGUUUCUAGACACGCCGUCAAAGUCGAGGGUCAGAAAAAGAAGUAG